CGUUUCCGACAGACACUCGUCAGACUGUAAUGGGUUAAUGUUUUAGGUUAUGUAUUGGAAUGCUAAAUGAUAUCCUGUGAAACACAUGGCAGACCAAGAUACUGGAGAUUAUCAUGUACUUUGUGCAAAUGAUAAAGAUGAAAUUGAAGGUCUUAAUGAGAGACUGUUACAGUUAAUAUCUGCACAGAAAGUUCCAUCGCAAAAUGUUGAACAUAACACAUUAAGAAUAUUGAGUGAUGCUAAUACCAACAAGGGGAGCCUUAAACUUGAAAAUAAUACAUCUACCCCGCCACUGUUUAAUCAUUGCAAACAUGAUUGUUCCCUUUUACACCAUGAUAGUCCAGUCAAUUCGCCAACUUUACCAACAUAUCUUCCACCCAUUGGUGUAUUUUGGGACAUAGAAAACUGUCAUGUUCCAAAAGGAAGAUCUGCUAUGGCUGCAACACAAGUAAUUAGAGAGAAAUUUUUUAGCGGUUACAGGGAAGCAGAAUUUAUUGUUGUGUGCGAUGUUUGGAAAGAGACUAGUCAGGUUGUGAAAGAAUUAAAUGAUGCUCAGGUUAAUUUAAUACAUGUUCCUGGAUGCUGCAAAAAUGCUGCAGAUGAAAAACUUAAACAGUCUAUUCGGAGGUUUGCUGAUAUUCACGGAAGUCCAGCAGCAGUUAUUUUAAUAUCUAGUGAUAUUAAUUUUGCUGUUGAUCUCAGUGAUUUACGUUAUAGGAAGAAAAUUCAUGUGAUACUUUUACAUAUGAAGAAGACUUCUGAGGCGUUGAUACUGUGUGCCAAUGAGCAUUAUGAUUUUUCAGAACUCAUGGAAUCACUGCCGUCCAGUACUGUAGAGGUAAAGGGCUUUGUAUUUUAUGACCUUCUAGUUUGUAACCUUCCUAAAGAUCAAGAUCUUGUGUCCAUUAAGCGUCGAAUUAAACAAUUGUCCGAAAACUGUGGUGGUCGUGUACUGGAAAUCCAAUCAAAUGUUGCAGUUGUACGUUUCACUUCUGAAGUCUUUGCAGAAAGAGCUCGGAAGCGUAUGGAUGGAACAAUUGUCCUUGGUUCGAAAAUUUCUGUGAAAUUUCCAAAAGAAAACGGGAGUUAUUUUCCGAAAUAUCAAGGAAGCUUUACAAGCAGAAAUCGUGCAGUGAGCGAGUCAGAAAUUGCUAUUAGUUCGUCAAAACAAAUGUAUAGUGCAGGUACUUCGGUAGCGGGUGGAAGAGCCCUUCAAGUUCCACAUUAUCAGUCGUCGUCUCCAGUUAUUGGAACAUAUGCGUCAGCAUGGAAUGCUCACUGUGCUCCAGUCUCUGCACCACCAGGGUAAUUGUAUAUAAUAUAUAACAUAUAUACAUAGAAAAAUGAUCUCUCCUUUAAUAGAGCAUAUAAUGAGCUUGCAAGGGUCCAAUCUCCAUUAUUUUGGCAAAUUUCUGGUUCACAGCAAUUUGGCCAUAUGUGGGAAGAACAAUACAAAGUGGAAAAGACAAAAGUACUUAGUAGAAGAAUUCAUAUCCCGCAGGCUCGGGAUAAUACAAUUUCAAAUAAUGUGUCCUCUCGAACUCCAGAGGGCCUAAGACGUGUAAGAGGAAUACAUAAUUCUUUCGUUCAACCUCCGGAAUGGAGUGGAGUAAGGCAACAGCAUCCACCGUUGAAUAUUCCAGCGAAUUUCAAUGGAAACGGCCAUUCGCAAUCAAAUUCAUUCAAACGUCGCAGUCCAUCUCCAAUGUGCGAUCUACAGCCACGAGAGCGAAAUCAGUGGAAUGGACAGAAUCAACAAUCUGCGUCUGUACGAAGUACCAGAACGCCUUCACCAUACGAAAAUACAGUACAAACGAUGAACCAACAGAGUAAUCGCACAUCUCCUUAUCAACCAAAUGAUGCAGAAAACGAAGAAGUAGAGAAAUUCUUCAAUCCAAUAAAUAGUCACGCUGGAACUUCAGUGAACAACGAAACAUGUACACCUAUUGAAUUGCAAGUAACCAACUUGGACCAAAGUAUUAAUCCAAAAAAAAUGAGGCACAUGCUCGCUUCAAUCUUUCUGGAACACGUGAUGGUACAUUUAUUAUUCAUACAAUCUGAUGGUAAUUUUGCUGCUAGUGUCAAGGUACCCUCUUUGUCAGACGCGCAAUACGCAAUCUCCCAAUUACAUCGGCGUAAAGUUGGCUAUAAACGUAUUUUAAUAGCCUACGCACACAGCGGUAGAGCAAGUCCUCAGGUUGUACGAGCGCAGAUUGUGAUGUUGCUGCAAGAAGUACCGGGGCAUAAGCUUCCACUUUUUAAAUUCCGAGAAAUGUACGAAAGUCGAUUUUUGAUUUCCAUUAGCGUCUCGGAAUUAUAUAAAAUGAAAGAUGUGUGUAUCGUUACGGAAGAUCCUGGUGGCAGGAUGGUUUCUCUAAAUCCAGAUCACAGAAACACACCGUCACCUUGUUUCAAUACUACAACUCAGGAAGAACAAGUAGAAUUACCAUACUGUACCAUUCAUACGUUGAAACCAUGGUCUGAUAAAGGGUGGGCUGAGCAGAAAGUAGCUUCUCUUCCCAAUGUAAAAAUAUCUUUGAAAGUUCUUGAUCCACGUAUACAUCAGUUAUUAAGUACACAUAAUGGAAGUCUACCAUUGCCUAGCUUGCCAAAUUGUUACGAAGCCGAGUUCAAAGAAAAGCUACAAGUGGCUGAAACUGGGGUGCCCUUGGAACAUUUAGUAUCCUGCUUAUCGUGCGUAGAAUUGAAGCAGGGUAUUGGCAGCGUGAAAUAUCUUAUUUGGGCGGGAAAUAAAACACAUGAUAAUAAUCAUGAAGGUAGAAUUUUUAGUCAAAUAUGACAGCUUCUCCCCAGUCGUGAAUUGGUUGAUCUUCUGAAAACUGCUCCCCACUGCCAAUUGCUGUUCAAUCGAUUUAUACCAGCAUAUCACCAUCAUUUUGGACGACAAUGUAGAGUUGCUGAUUACGGAUUUACUAAACUCAUCGACUUACUGGAAGCUCUUACCCAUACUGUACAAGUUAUGGGCGAAGGAAAUAAUCGUGUGGUAACAUUGUCUCACCGUGCUCAAGUGCGUCGUUUCACUUCAGAUCUGCUACGAGUUUUAAAGUCUAAGGCCAGUAAACAAGUAGCUCUAUCAGAAUUUCCAAGCGUUUAUGCCAGAGUAAUAGCUAAACCGUGGGAUAUUGUGGAUUAUGGCGUUUGUGAAAUCGAAGAUAUCCUCAGCGAAGUAUCUGAGAACACAGUUGUUGUCACUACGAUCAAUGGUGGGGAUAAGAUGAUAGCAAUACCUAAACGGGAACAAACUGCGGAAGAAAUUGAACGAACGAAACAGUUCGCUGUAGAGGUUGUAGAAUUGUUGCGACACGCACCUCAAUGUAGAAUGCAGUUCAAUAAAUUUGUGCCAUCGUAUCAUCAUCAUUUUGGUCAUCAGUGUCGAGUGUCCGAUUACGGUUUCACUAAAUUGAUCGAAUUAUUCGAAGCGAUACCGGAUGUUGUCAAAAUCGAAGAUGAUAAUUCCGGAGAAAGGCAAAUCUCCCUGACAGAAAAAGAAGGUCUCCGUGUACUAUCCGAACAAAUAUCAAAAUUAGUUACGCGAUCGAGAGGCUGUCUGAGCAUUUCAAGCAUUCCACAAAAUUUUCUCCGACAGUUUGGUUAUGCGCUGAAACCUGAAUUGUUCGACUGUACAUCUGUGUUACAGCUAAUGCAGAAGCUUGGGGAUACUAUAAAGGUUAUAUAUUUAGCAACUGGUCCGGCGAUUGUAAUGAUAGAUAAGUCGCAUUUGCAACUGUUAACUUUACAAUGUCGUCGAAUAUUGAUGGAUAAAGCUCAGCACAGAGUGUCACUUAAAGAGUUCCAACAGUUUUAUAGUCAGUAUUAUUUAAAGCUAUGCAACGUAGACGAACUUAAGCAGAAUCUAUCUAACGUAGUUCGGUUUACAAUGGUGGAAGAUGAAGAAUUCAUCGAGCUCACUCCGUUACAUUGUUUUGCUUGUGAUUUAUAUCGCGUACUGAUGAAUUACGGAGGAACGUUAAGACUCCUGCAGUUUGAGACUGCAUACUUGUCAAGUAUAGGUUCUGUCUGUAAGCCUGCGGAGUACGGUUUUUCAACAGUGUUUGCGCUUUUGCAAGCCUUACCUUGUACAGUUACAAUACAGUUAACACGACGAAAGAAAACCAUUAUACACCUCAAUAAGAAGCUUGCUGCUGUUGGUAUACCAUUGCCAGCCGCGUUUACAUCAGCAUCCUCCUAUCGUGAUACAGAUUCUAGUAACGAAUCUUUUGAAAGCGAUUCUUCGUCCCGCGUCAACGUUUCUAAUCAUUCAAUUACGUUGGAGGAACAUGUCAAGUGGGCAGGACAAGCGAUGGAAAACCAGAAUUCUUGGAAGCGAUCCGAAGAGAAUACUUUAUGGUCGAAGGAACCUGACAUGCACUGGAAAAUGUCAACUUCGGACGAUCAGUUAAUUAAUUGGUCACUGCAAGAGAGCGGAAGCGAAAGUUUUCUUAAAAGCUUAAUGCGUACACCGAUUAUACCGCCUGCUUUCCCACCACCGCCACCUAAACCAGAUUCUCCGCCUGAGGUAAUUUUUGAAGCUUGUAAAAAAAAAAAUGUAAUUUCUGUUCACGGUACAACAUUUAAUUGGCACAGUUUCUUUCAUUCUAAUUUGCGUCAACAGGUUCCUCCGUUAACCCUACCUGCUUCUUGGAGCCAAAUUGUAUCUGAUGAUAGCGCAUCGAACUUGUUGUCGCCAACAAAAAAUUUAUUACCAGCCGCUGCCAAUCCUUUGAAUCCCCGUACUUCCCCUUACUAUUCUUCCAAACGCAACUUGGUCGUGGCUCCUCAUCCAUCUGAACUGCCGCUUCCUUCGUUAUCAUUGACUCCUAAGAAAAGCGUGUCGUCGGAGAACAUUGUAACCGCGGAAACAUUUGUGGUCAAGCAAGAAAAGAUGAUGAAUACUUCACCUGAAAAGGUUUCUCUUAAGAACGCUGACAACGAUAGCAGCAACACGGAGGCUGGUGAUACUGACAACGAGAAACAGAAUACUCCCACCAAACAGAUGUUUACGGGCAAGCGUCGCUUAGCUGCUCAGUUCAAUCAGCCGAUUGAAUCCUAAAAGAUGGAAUAAAGUUUGAUAAUGUACUGAUAAACGCCGUCGUGUACGCUAAAGGGCGCGAAAAGCUGGCAUCGAAGUACACACAUUUCACAGUUUCGAAAUGUGUUCUUUGGGAUUAAUAAAAGAAGGGAUUUCUAGCAUCUCGGUAGGCUUCACACAGCGGGCUCAAUACCUAUACACCGUUUUCUGAAUGGUAGGUACCCCUCCUCAUUUAUAUUGGAAAUAUGUGGUAGUAAUAUAUCGAUUUGAUACAUCCGCGACAAAAAACAGAAUUUAUUUU